CUCAGAAACGGACACAUGCCUCCAGUCAGUGAUAUUGGCACACCGGAAAGCCCCGUUACCAAGCUGCUGGCCCUUGGAGGCGAACACGAAAAUGCGAUGGAAGAGGUGAUUGAAGACAUAAUCAAUAUGGAAUCAAAUUUUAAUGAUGAAGGCAUAGGUUGUUCUGAAACUCCUUUACUAAUGCAAAGAACUAUAUCUAGCAGCAUUUUGGAUAUAUAUAACAGUGACCAGGGAAUGGCACCAGCUAAUAUGAGUCUCACAAAUGCUUCUUGCCCAGCUAAUCUACCAGUAAAAAGGGAACUCACAGCAGAUACAAGAGCAAUGGCAAAGGAGAGACAAAAAAAGGAUAACCACAACCUCAUUGAGAGAAGAAGAAGGUAUAAUAUUAACUACCGAAUCAAGGAGCUUGGCACCCUCAUCCCCAAGUCGAAUGAUCCUGAUAUGCGCUGGAACAAAGGGACUAUUUUAAAAGCAUCAGUGGAGUACAUCAAGUGGCUACAGAAAGAACAACAGAGAGCCAGAGAAUUAGAACAUAGGCAAAAGAAAUUAGAGCAUGCUAACAGAAGACUCCUACUCCGAAUUCAGGAACUGGAGAUCCAGGCACGUGCACAUGGCCUCCCAGUCAUGUCUUCACUCACUGCUGUCGAUUUAGCUGCACAGGUCAUCAAGCAACAGUCUUAUCCAGAGGAGAACUCUGUAGACUACUCUCAACAAAUGCCUCUGGUACAUGGACAAAAUUCUGAUGUUUGUGAUGGAUCUACAGCCUUUUCUGAUCCACUUUCACACUUCACGGAUUUGUCCUUCAGUGCAGCUUUAAAAGAAGAACAACGUCUAGAGGAAAUUUUAUUGGAUGACACAGUGUCGCCAUUUGGAACAGAUCCACUCUUGUCCUCCACGUCCCCAGCUGCAUCAAAAGAGAGCAGCAGGAGAAGCAGCUUUAGCACAGAUGAUGGAGAUGAUUUAUAAAAACAGAAGUGGUCUCAUACUUCUCUAAACCACUUGCUAAAAGACCACGUUGAAUGUUCAGUGAUGCUACUGUGAAGCUGAGAGGACUGCUAUGGCAGAGCUGAGUACAUUCCUAAUAGCUUCCACAGAGGAAAGGGAUUUCAUGACUACCGGGACAAAUCUUGACAUUCUUGAUCAGGCAGAAUUUCUUUGCUGUCCAUGCAAGUAUUAUUGGGCUGAAACACGGUGCAAGUGAAAUACACUCUUUGGCUAUUUCCUACAGAGAUCUAUUCAGUGAAAUCUCGUGAAAGACAUGCAUAAUGUCUGUGGCUCUGGGACUAGAAAAGAAUUUAAAGUCUUACAGAGCUUGACCUCCAGCUGGGCAGGGGGUAGGAAAACUGGAUAUUUUUGUCAAGAUGUAUUAAAUGAGAAGUUCUUGCUUUUGUUUUCAGUAGCAGCUAUUCAAAGCUGGUGGACAUGUUCCUACAAAAUACACAAAACAACAGACUGAUAAUUACAAAAAAGGAAAGGGACUCACAAUAUUAACAUCUUGUUUAAUUUGUGAGAUGCAUAUAGAGCUAUACUAAGAACAGAAAACUAAACUAUUUCAUUGUGCAUAGCGUGGAUUCUGUAAAAAGCUACAGUAAGUGCAAACAGUUUUAACAAACAGGAACACAGUUGCUCUAUAUAGUAAAAUAACUAUAGUUCCUUCACUUAAUAUGACCAUUGCUAUUAUAAUACCUUUUGAAUUUAAUAGGAUUGUAUAUAUAAAUGGAGGAUGUAAAAUUAUUGUAAUUUAAAAUUAU